AUGUUACGUUUGAAUGGGUUAAAUCUACCCCCAUUUUUGCCCCUUAAAGCAGAUGCCUCAAAGCGUGUCUCAGAAAUUGAAAAUUUACUAUUGAGGAGAGAUGACAUUCUUAUAUGUUCCCUUCCAAAGUCAGGUAACCAAUGGCUGAACGAAAUUGUUCCGCGUCUCCUGCAUUCCACGCUAGACUCCUCCCAUAGAAUGACAAACACAUUUCUGGAGUUCAUGCCGGAUCUUCUGAAACUACAGUACAUGGCUUCCCCCAGAGUUAUGACAUCACAUCUUCCAUAUCGAUGUCUGCCGAAAGAAAACCCUGGGAAAAUCAUCCACAUCAUCCGGAACCCUAAAGACGUUGUAGUGUCUGCAUUUUAUCACUUUACCAAAGAUCCGGUGAUCAAGGAUUACAUAUGCCAUGAAUGGUGUGGAUUUCUGGACGAUUUCUUAUGUGGAGAUUAUGUGUACGGAAGUUGGUUUGAUCGAGAAAGAGAGUGGGAACAAGCGGCACUGGCAAACCCUGGGAACAUAUUGAUUGUAUAUUAUGAAGAACUGAAAACAAACGGAAUGGAAACAUUGAAGCGUAUCUCUAACUUCAUUGGUGUCUCACCCGACAUGAAUUUUCUGCAAGCUGUCUAUGACAUUUGCACAAUUGAGGAAGUAAAGAAGAGACGAAAUGACCCUGAAGAGCCGUGGACGAUUGGAAAUCACACUUUACUGUCGCCCAGAAUGAGAAGUUCGUUCACAUUUUUAACGAAAGGAUGA